CACGACCGUUACGACCGUUACGACCCACUGACACCUCCCCGUCAGCGCCAGCAGCGGGUACCUCCUCUCCAACACAAGAGCGACUCUCCCAAACUCAGACAUAGUCCUUCUACCCCGUCCUCCAACCGAUCUCUCCGCCGAACCCCGCGAUUCCACGGUACUCCUGGCCUUGAAUCGAGCAAACACUCCCAGCGCCAGGUCCACGUCGAGGCAGCCUCCGUUGGCAUCAGCCCUAAGCCUCGCUUUGCAGUUGCUGGCAGCCCUCCACGACAGGAACCGCAGGAGCACCGCCAGCCCCGACGUCAACUCUCCCAAGCCCUAAGUGACGACCUUGACGACGCCUCCAGCUUUCCCCAUUCGGACAUCCCAGGCCAAGCUCGUGCCCCAGACCCGAACAGGCCUGAUCCUCACCCAUUCGUUCGCAUCUCCAAAGGCACCCACAGUGCCAUCCUCUGGGCCCUCGAGGAAGCACUGAGACAACCUCAUUCUUUCAGCCCUGAUCUGCUUGAGGAGAACGCCUCCAUGGCAGAACUCCUCGGCGGUGGCGGUGGCCCCGCCACAUCCAACGGCAAUGGCACAUCCGCUUCCCGCCCUACAGCACCUGUCGCGCAGACCGGAUCUCCGUCGCAAGGCAUCCGCGGACCUAGAAUGAUCAUGCGGGAACGGGCCGAGCGCGAGGCACGGCAGAGGGCAGAACGGGAGCAGAUGGAGAGAAAUCGCGCAGAGGAGGAGGCUCGCUUGUUGGAAGAGCAAAGGCAGAGAGCAGCGGAGCGCAACCGCCCCGCUGCUGGUGCUGGCAUUGGGGGUGUUAGUGGAGGUGGUGGUGGCGGCGGCGGCGGCGGCGGCGACAUAGCCAUGGAUCCCGCAACCCAGCGGAGACAACAGCGGGCUCAAGAAGCCCAGGCAAGUGGCCUGGCAGGCCCUUCAAGAACCCAACCAACCAGCACACAAACCCAACAACCUCUUAGACCAACCCGGGUUCCCACUUCCCAGACCGCGCCAGCCUUCGGAGCCGCCCCAACUGCUGCUGGUGUGCCAUCUGGUAGCAAUAUCCAACCCGGCGAGGCUUCAGCUGCGGCAGCAGCAACAAGGCCCAGGAAUUCCUUCCCCCAUGCUUUUGAGCGAUGGGAGGCGCUUUCAGCCCACUGGGAAGGCAUGACAAGCUUCUGGAUCCGAAAGCUACAAGAAAACACCGAGGAGAUCGACCGGAACCCCGUCUCUUCGCAACUCUCCCGGCAGGUUUCGGAUCUGUCAGCCGCCGGCGCCAACUUGUUCCACGCAGUGGUUGAGCUGCAGCGCCUGCGGGCAAGCUCCGAACGCAAGUUCCAGCGUUGGUUUUUCGAGACGCGCGCUCAGCUUGAGCGGAACCAGGAGGUCAAUGGCCAGCUACAGUCGCUGUUGGACGAGGAGCGGAGAGGCCGAGCAGAUGCGAUCCGUGAUGCUGUGGAGCACGAACGUGUCAACUCGAAGACACAACAGCUCGUUUCGGAGAUGCGCAAAGAGCUGGGGAUAUCCAAGGACGAAGCACGCCGGGCUUGGGAGGAACUCGGCCGCCGGGAACAGGAGGAGCGAGAGCGUACGCAAUCCCUGCAACAGGGUCUCCCAACCAUCGUUGGCGGUGUCCAGGUCGUGCCCAUGACCCAAGGGGUGCCGAGCCGCCAGGCCAGCACCCGAGAUCCUGGAUCCCAUACCCAGGGCGGACAGUCCGAGUAUGCCCAGGCACAAGUUGGGCGGCCCGAAUACUCGCACGACUCGCCUACCCAGACAGCCUCUUCUUCAGCCCCGGGGACAAGCGCAGCCACCUAUUACCAACAACCCGAGACGACAGCUCCUGGAGGCGGCAGCUACGGCGGCGGCUCCGAGGCCGGCUAUAGCGAAGGUGAGUACAUGAUCGAUUCGAAUGGCCACUUCGUCCGCGACAUCCACGGCGACAAGAUCCCCUUCCACAGCCCGGUUUCGCAGCCCGGAGCACCGAGCGAUUCUGACCCGGGCGCAGAGGAGUAUGACGAAGGCCACCCCUCGCCGAAAGCAUCCAACUACCCACCGUCGAGCUCGCAAUGGGUCGGCACGUAUUCCGGCCCGCCCGAGUACUCGGGCCAGGGCUACGCUGCCCCCGGGUGGGAGACGAUGCCGCGCCACCACCACCCCACCCGCCUUAGCGACGUCCUUGAGGAGGACGAGCGGAGCCGCACUUCUACCAGCCAAGUCAGCCGGGCCUGA